AGCGCCUUCUCACAUUCUAGUUCUGAUUGGUCUACCCCGUCUGUGUGUAAUCGUUAGAAAUCGACAACAAAUAUGGCGGACGAUCACACUGAUGCCGAACAGAGCAUGGAGGGUCACACACCUGUGGUAGAAAACCCACAUGCAGAAUAUGGUCUCACGGAAAAUGUACAGAGGAUAGCAGAGAAUGAGAAAUCCAAUGCAGAGAAGGCUUCAAAACAGAAGGUGGACCUGCAGUCGCUUCCUACGCGGGCGUAUUUGGACCAGACUGUUGUGCCAAUUCUUCUACAGGGCCUUUCAGUCCUGGCUAAGGAAAGACCUCCAAACCCCAUUGAGUAUUUAGCAGCUUAUCUCCUCAAGAACAAGUCACAGUUCGAAGAUCGAAAUUGACUUCAAUGAAGGCAACCGAAAAGCUCGAGUUGCUAUGCUUUUUUUCCUUUUUUUUUUUUAAGACCCAUUACUUUUUCUGUUAACAUGACUGCUCACUGUACAGUUCUUUUAAAAUGGUAAUAAAGUAGAUGCUAUAUGGGCAAAGUUA